CGCCAACUACUGGCCUGGCAUGAAUAAUACAGCUCAUUUUGUGGAUCCGUGUGAACGGGGAUCGUUUUGACAUCUAUACACCAAAAACACAAAAGAAAAACAUUCAGUUUUUAGUACUUGUUGUCAUGUUAACAUAACCCAAGUCUGGCAAGUUCAUGGUGCAGAUUUGGAAACAAACUCAACUUGUCCUACAUGUGUGGCCAUAAAUAAAGAUUGUGAGUCAUCAUUGAAACAUCACCUAAACAGACUCUGCUGCCACUCCCAGCUGAGUAUAAACAAUCUCAUUAUGCCAAGUUAUAUGAAUGAUAUCCAUAGCAAACAGCUGUGUCACUAUGAGUAAAUAAGACAAUGAGGUCAUAUUAUCACAAUUAACACAGACAUAGUAUGUAAUCAUUGAAACAAUGUUGUGGAUGGUUGCUAGAGUGUGUUGCUUUACAGUUGCUAAGGUGUUUGAUAAGAUGGUUUUGCUGUAUGUAGUGUUCUGUGUUUGUAAUGUAGUGAUACACGUAACCAAAUAGUAAUUAAGCUUGCCUCUGUACAUCAAAAUGGUUACAAAUUGAACAAAACCUUACAGGUUUCAUAAUCCUCAAUUUAACUACAUAACCUCAUGCCAGGCCAACCUACGACUACUCUAUGUAUAUCCAAUUUUACUCAACUUUGAUCAGCCGGUUCACAAAUAACAUUGAAUGGUUCAUUUGUGAGUUCGACUGAUCAAGAUGAUUAAACUUGCAGCAAUUAAAAGUCAUGUGAACAAUAAACACUUGAUUUGGUCUUGUCCCGCUCAAAUGCCAAGAUCCGGAAGUAAUAUGACCUUCUCAAAUCAAGUGUGCUACUAAUAAUUCAUAAUAUUGUCGAUCUGAGUUCUAAUCCAUCUUAUUUGUGUCACAUUAGAAACUUCUCUUUUACUGGAGUAAUAUUUUAUGAGUGUAAUUAGGUACAGGACACGGUUUGUGUACACCGUCCACCACGAACAAGCAUUUCAUAAUUAAUUUCUCUUGCCAUUGCGGGAUGUAGGCUAAUGCUGUGUUGUCUGUGCAUUAUAGUGAAGACAACUCCAAACACAUUUCCAAUCAUGUAUGUCUAUGAAAGACAACUGCAGGCUGCAGCCAGGUCCUUCCCGAGUGCAGUAUGUUUGCAGAGAGACCCCGCCCACCUGUUCUUCUGAUUGGCUGUGAUCUUUGAUUUAUUGGUCUCAUCUCGUAGUUAUGUCUCGACUGCUGUGGACAGACAAAUUUCUCGUUGCUGAAGUCUAAUUGCAUCGUAUCUGUUUAGGACAUUGUGUAACCCUGUACUGUCUCCUUUUACACAAACUCAAUUCCACACUUCACUUUUACCAUCAAACCAAACACAGGCCUGAACACUCAUGAUAACAGAAUUCAGGCUGAUGUAAUUUCACGGCAGAGGUGGUCAAACUGGUUUUACCUGAACAGUUGGUUGGUGUAAGUAUGCAAACUAUGUGUCCACUGUGUUUUGAGAGCAGCGCUUGUGGAAUAAACACAGUCUAUCUGACCUGUUGAAACUGACAUCAGUUUCCUUGGGGAAAUCAUUCUUCAAUGUGGUUCGCUUUGUGGAACGUCUACCAUGUCACAUAAAGAACAGCAGAUAUGGGACGAGAGUGAUGUACCUGAAGACCUGUCCUUAGAGGAGCGAGACGAGCUGUCCAACAUACGGCGCAGGAAAAAAGAACUGCUUGAUGAUAUUGAGCGCUUGAAGUUUGAGAUCGCAGAAGUGAUGACAGAAAUCGAGCAGCUCACGUGUGUGGGCGAGAGCAAAACAACACAGAGAAACAAACAAAUUGCAAUGGGAAGAAAGAAAUUCAACAUGGACCCCAAAAAAGGGAUCCAGUUUCUACUGGAGAACGACCUCCUGCAGCAGACGCCUGAAGACAUCGCUCAGUUCCUCUAUAAAGGAGAAGGCUUGAACAAAACUGUCAUUGGGGAUUACUUGGGGGAACGGGAUGAAUUCAACAUCAAAGUGCUCCAGGCUUUUGUAGAGCUCCAUGAAUUUGCUGACCUCAACCUCGUUCAGGCUCUGAGGCAGUUUCUCUGGAGUUUCAGGCUUCCCGGCGAGGCACAGAAGAUUGACAGAAUGAUGGAGGCGUUUGCGUCCCGGUACUGCCAGUGCAACCCUGGAGUCUUUCAGUCUACAGACACAUGCUAUGUCCUGUCCUUCGCCAUCAUCAUGCUGAACACCAGCCUUCACAAUCCCAACGUCAGGGACAAACCGGCCGUAGAGCGUUUCAUCUCCAUGAACAGAGGCAUUAAUGAGGGAGGAGACCUGCCAGAGGAGCUGCUCAGGAACCUGUAUGAGAGCAUCAAGAGCGAGCCCUUCAAAAUCCCAGAGGAUGACGGCAACGACCUCACACACACGUUCUUCAACCCGGAUAGAGAGGGCUGGCUGCUGAAGUUAGGUGGACGAGUAAAAACUUGGAAGAGGAGAUGGUUUAUUCUGACCGACAACUGCUUGUACUAUUUUGAGUACACAACAGACAAAGAACCACGUGGAAUUAUUCCUCUGGAGAACCUCAGCAUUCGAGAGGUGGAGGAACCCAGGAAACCUAACUGCUUUGAGCUGUACAAUCCCAACCAUAAAGGACAGGUGAUCAAAGCGUGCAAGACAGAGGCAGAUGGCAGGGUGGUGGAGGGAAACCACGUCGUCUACAGGAUAUCAGCACCCACACCAGAGGAGAAGGAGGAAUGGAUCAAAUCCAUUAAAGCGAGCAUCAGCCGGGACCCUUUCUACGACAUGCUGGCCACCAGGAAGAGACGCAUCGCCAACAAGAAGUGAAAUCCCCAUCAAAGCCUGUUCACAGCAACACACACUGCCUUCUGGGACAGUCUUUGUGCAAGAGCGUGCUUGAUGGGUUAAAGAGGCCCAGCAGCUGAAGAAUUUAAUGUUUAUAGUUCCUUUCUUUCUCAUAUAAAAACACAGCUGUCCUGAUCUGUUUGUAUUUGCAUGGAUGUUGGUAUGUAUACCUGGGCGGCUCGCUCGAGAGCCCAGAGGAAGUCGUUUAUGAACUCUCACUACAGUAUGUCAGAUAGAAAAGCCAUUUUUUUUUUUUAAAGAUAUGGCCAGUGACCUGGCGGUGUGAUCUCUUAUGGUGCUAGAAGACUUCUGUGUGCAUGUGACCGCAAUAGAAGCUCAAAUAGACGUUAAUGAUCCAAUGCCAACACUAGGUGGUGGUCUGGAGUCAGCUGGACUGAUUUCAUGUUGUUAGAGCAAAUAUAUAACAUAGAUUUAAGCUAAACUCGGAGCUCCAUACUAGUAUACUACUCUUACUAUUUUCACCAAUGGCAGGAAUAGGAAACGUAGUAUACUAGAAUUCAGCAUCAGUUUCUGGUACCAGUCCAUGAACCUUUCCGUUCUGCUCUUAGAUGGACACUAUCUACUGUCACGUAUGAUGUUUUGAUGUAAUACGAAUGAAUUUGCUUGCUUUUGUGUUCUCUUUACAAGUAUAGUUGAAUAUCUCCUUUUAUAUUUAUUUUCUUUGUGAAAUGAUUUUAUUCUACUCAUAAUUGGUAAACUAUAGAUCUAAGUUAUGUGUAAAUACUGUAUACAUUUGUCUUCUUUUUUUGUGUAAGUACAAUCUGUAGCAUAUAAAUCUACUGGCUCUUUAUUGUUAGGGCUCUUUGCUCAGCAGCCUUAAACUAAUGUACUUCUGUCAGGGAAAAAAAUCACCUUGUAAUUCUGGAAAAUGAAGUUUGUUUGGGUUUUUUUUAAAGAAAAAAAAAAAAAAUCCAGUAGCAAUUUAUAUGUGGUUGUAAAAUAAAAGCCCUGUCCAAGGGUGAAUACUAUCUAAUGCCCUUUGGGGCUCCAGAUUAAUUUUUAUAUGUCUGUAUAAGCUAUUGGUCAAACUGUACAUGAACUAUGAAUACAUAAAACAUUCAUAAAGCUAAAA